CAUCUGAGGCCAUAAAUGGUCCAAAGAUCAGGGAGGAACAGAAGGAGACAAAAAGACUGGACAAGCAGGGCUGCCCCUCCACUUCUCCUCAGCUGCAGAGCUGCAACGAAGCUCCGCCGGGCUCCAGCAAUGGGUGAGGAAAAAGCCAUAGAAAUGAAAACCAUGUCAAGACGGGAAAGAAAGGUGAAAAUUCUGCUGAACUCAGAGAGCGGCAGCACCACACAGAACAGCUCCAUUGGUGUGGUUCGGUGGAAUCUGCCUGAUGAGGACAUCCAGACUCACAGCUCGGCCCCCAGCAUCCCGGCCAACUCCAACAACCUCCCACAUCGCUCGCAGACCAGCCUGAGGAACCUGCGCAGCCUGCAGGAGUGCAUAGAGUUCAUCAAACACUGGAAAGAACAAGUGGACCAAGUGUGCAAGGGGUCUUCAGAUCCAGGGGAGGGGAGCAGCAGAAGAGGGUCUCCCAGCUCCGACCGGCGCGCUGAACGCAGCCUGGAGGAGAGCAGGAAACUGAUCCUGGAGUGGGCCGACGAGCUCCGCCACGUUGACAAGCUUUUACAGGCGUCACCUUGGACAUCAGAGAACGAAGAGAAGGAAAACCAAAAAGCUGGAUUUGGCAGAGAAGAGGGACAGCUGAAGAUCAUGGAGUGGGCAAAAGAGCUUCAGACCGCGUCUGAGAGCUUCGGAGUGGAAAGUGAUGAGCUCGGCAAAAUGCUCCGUCUGCUGGGACUGAAGAAGAAGCGCUUGGUCAGGCUGCUGCCCCUGCUGGAGUUCAUCACCUGGUCACUUCUCAAGGAGGAAAGCACGGCAACAAUUUCACAGCUGUGGCUUCUGGCAAAGCAAAGGACCUGGAAAGCUGGAAUUUCAAGAUACAUCCCCAACUCAGUGUGGAGUUGGAUUUGCUCUGCAGCAGCUGAUGUAAUCCUGGACCCCAACACCAACCAUCCCUGGCUGCAGCUGUCAGAUGACCAGCGUAAAGUCCAAGAGGGCCUGUCGGAGUCCGACCUGCCUCACACCCCACAGCGCUUUGACAGCUGGCCCUGUGUGCUGGGCUGGGAAGGCUACAGCAGCGGACGCCAUUACUGGGAGGUGGACAUAGCAAACAACGGCUACUGGCGCAUUGGAAUGACGGCCAUUGACUCCAAACGGCAAGGCCGCUUCUCCAUGUCCCCAAAGGAGGGCUACUGGGUCUUGUGGCGCAGCACGCACCACUUCUACGCCUGCACCCAGCCGGAGACGCAGCUGCCACUCGGGCUGGUGCCCCGCCGCGUGGGCGUCUAUUUAGACCACGAGGAAGGCCAGAUCUCCUUCUACAACGCAGAAACCAAAUCUCACAUCUUCACCUUCACCGGUUACUUUAAAGACAAACUGUACCCUCUGUUUGCUCCGAUGGACGGCCGCACACUCAUGACAGUCAUCGAGCCACAGAAAAUCCCCCAAAACUGACACAAACAAUCCAAACUGGACGCUCAGGAUAAUCCAACCAAAAAAUGAAGUUUAAAGGUCUGGCUUCACCAGAAAUGAGAUGAAGAGGAGAAAACCAGAUAUUUAGCUUUUAAAGCGUUACUUGGGUCUGACUUGUAUAUAUAUAUAAUGUAUAUAGACUGUCAAAGUUCUAAUCCACUGUGUUCUAGCUGAUAGACUCAUCCAAUGGUAGCACUUUAAAUGUAAUGUGUUUGGAAAAAUGUUAUGUGACCUUAAGUACAGAAACUGUGUGACUCAGCUUUAAGUUAAAUUUGAUGCAAAUGUAGCUUAAAAUGUAAAAAUUAAGCUGUUUUUUAAAGGCUAAAGCUAACAGCUAGAAUACUUGAUGUGGGUGAUCGAGCAUCUUUUUUGUAUUUCUAAGUGGAGUUUCUGAUUUGCACAGUAAAAAGGAUGAGUGCAUUAAGCUGAAAGUCUUUAUUCUAUAGAAACGUAUUGUAUUCAAUAAAAAAAUUGUUCUCGUCCUAA